AGGUCUCUCAAAGGCAAUGCAAUGUGUCGUGUCCGAGGUUAUCGAGUUUAUGUUUAAUAUUCGAUCACUCCCCGUAUAAUAAUCGGUUUAUCUGCGCAGAUAGUCGCCCAAUUCGUGAAACAGAAACGUUCAUCCAUAGCCAAACCACACAGCAAAGCACAUUAAUAACCUCCACUUUACCACUUCUGCUGGUUUUAUUUAGUUAUAAAACAGUUCCCUUACGUAAACGUUCGUUCAUUUGUUUUAUGUAUUUUAGUGUUUAUCGUUCAAAAAUGGCUCCCUUAGGUGAAAAUCGGUACGAGUAUGACUUGGUAGUGCUCGGCGGAGGUUCCGGUGGACUUGCUGCGGCGAAAGAGGCCAGCGCCCUCGGUGCAAAGGUUGCGGUUUUGGAUUAUGUUACCCCCACACCGAUUGGAACGAAAUGGGGGUUGGGCGGCACCUGUGUCAAUGUUGGAUGUAUUCCGAAGAAACUAAUGCAUCAAGCUGCACUUUUAGGGGAGUCGCUAAAGGAUGCUGCCGCUUACGGUUGGGAGUUGGAGCCCGAGAACAUCAAAAAUACCUGGAGCACGCUUAGACAAGCCGUGCAAAAUCAUAUCAAAUCUGUGAACUGGGUCACGAGGGUGGAAUUGCGUGACAAGAAAGUGGAGUAUAUUAAUGGUCUCGGCACAUUUAAGGAUCCAAACACUAUUCAAGCCCAAACGAAGCAAGGUGAACGUACACUUACCGCGAAAUAUAUACUAAUAGCAGUUGGGGGUAGACCGCGAUAUUCCGACAUUCCAGGUGCAAUUGAAUAUGGUAUUACUAGCGAUGAUAUUUUUAGCUUAGAUCGAGAGCCGGGAAAAACACUUGUUAUUGGUGCAGGAUAUAUUGGUCUUGAAUGUGCCGGAUUCCUCAAAGGGUUAGGAUACGAUUCCACCGUAAUGGUCCGAUCGGUGGUGCUGAGAGAAUUUGACCAACAAAUGGCUCAGGUUAUUACCGAGUCAAUGCAGGAACGUGGAGUUAAUUUCCUAUUUAAAUGCUUGCCAAGCUCCGUUGAAAAAUUGGAUAACGGUAAAUUAUUUGUACGGUGGAUCAAUAGUCAGAAGGAAGAAUUUUCGGAUACCUUCGAUACCGUGUUAUUUGCUAUCGGGCGUCGUGCGCUUACGAAGGACUUGCAUUUAGAAAAUGCGGGAGUGGAACUAGUUGGGGAGGGUGAUAAGAUUGAUGUUGUCAACGAACAGACCAAUGUACCACAUAUCUUUGCUGUUGGUGAUGUUUUAUAUAAAAAGCCGGAGUUGACUCCAGUUGCAAUCCAUGCAGGAAAAUUAUUAUCGAGACGGUUAUUUGGAAAUUCAAGUGCUUUGAUGAAUUACCACAAUGUUGCCACUACUGUUUUUACACCAAUGGAAUAUGGAUGUGUUGGUCUAAGUGAAGAACAUGCGUUAGAAGAAUAUGGCGCUGACAACAUUGAAAUCUACCACGCAUACUAUAAGCCAACUGAAUUUUUUGUGCCGCAACGUUCUAUUGUACAUUGUUACUUAAAGGUGAUAGCCCUACGUGAAGGUGAUCAAAAGGUUGUUGGUUUACAUUUUAUCGGACCACAAGCAGGCGAAGUUAUCCAAGGCUUUGCAGCUGCGAUUAAUUGUAACCUAACCAUGUCCGUAUUAAUGAAUACUGUUGGUAUACAUCCGACAGUCGCAGAGGAAUUUACCCGAAUUAACAUUACGAAAAGAUCAGGAAAAGAUCCUAACCCACAAUCCUGCUGUAGUUAAGAAAACAGUAUUAAUUUUUUAGAUUUCUCCAGACAUUUGUAUCACCGCUGUUACUUAAGGAAACUUUUACCUGGUUAGUUUUUUAUUUAUUAAAAUUGUAGUAGAUUUUGAACUAUUUUAAUACAUGUGUAAAUAUAACAAAUGGCUUUUAAAUAUU